ACUUCUUAAAAGCACAAAGAAUGUUGUCCACAGUCAUCAUUCUGUACUUUGGCAACACUUGGAUUAACAGUAAACUUUAACUGUCAGUGUGUUUUGUUGAAAUCUGUGUCAUCAUGUCUACCAGUGCAAAUGUGAACCCUGUUUUUUCAUCUUUGAACUUUCAUCAAGAUCAGGACUAUGGCGCACCCUCCCAUCCGUACCCAAAUUCAGUGCAAGUGUAUAACAGACAGUGUGGUUUUAACUGUAUUUGUUGUGCGCGUAUGCAACUUGGUAACUACUGUUCGUGUGCUUUCCCGAAGCAGUCCACUGCAACACAGACAGAGGAAUACGACACGGUUCCUAUGUCUAUGGUCAAGGACAACCUGUGGAAAAGAGGAACUUCUGAACAUGCAGCACUGCAGAGAAUGAUCAACAGCACCAUUGAGAAAUAUCAGCUGGUCAGUGCUAAGGACCGCCACCUACCCGCAGCAGUGUCAGAGAUCCGGAAUUACCUCAGUGUCAACUCCACCCUCGAGACAGUUGAGGAAAAGAAGAUUUCAGACAGACUGAAGAAAUCCCUGGAGUGGAGGAGAUACUAUGCCAAAAAAAGGUCUCAUGCAACAAGCAAUGGUUUACCAGUGCGGCAUGUGAUAAAGAAGAAAAAGUCAGGAUCCGACAAGGAGAACAGACAGCCCAGUCCCACUGAUGAAGAGCCCUUACUUCAAGGAGAUCUUGGAUCUGACCUACAUGAUGUUGGUGUUGACAACAGAGGAUUUGACCCAGACACUGACAGUGACAGUGAUGUCCCCCUGUCAACCCUAGCUACAAGAAAGAAGAAGUCCCUCUGAACAGUGAUUGAGUGAAGCCCAAAAUUACUUGGACUGCCAACAGACGUUUGACUACAAUCUUGUAUUAUUGACAAAAAACCAUAACUUUAUUGUGCAUGUUAAGAACUUUACAUUGAUUGUCGCAUUGGUGUGAUAGAACUGUAUAACAAAUUCAUGAAAGAGAUCCUAUUAAUUAAGUACAUGUAAAUCUGUAUUUAUUGUCAUGACGAAAUAAAUUAUUAUCUAUCAUUUCUUUUUUUCAUUA